CCCUGAAUCAUCAUCGCUUUUUGCUUUUCUAUCGUCUUUACCCUUCCGUCUUGGCAUCAUUUCACCGUCCAUCUCAUUACCAUUCCUAUUAUAUACCAAUGUCUCAGACGACAUGCAGAUUAUGCUUGUAAUAUGCUUUGCUGCGUCGUUGUGGUGCUCUAUGUGCCAACCAUUCACUGCCUUAGACAGCGACACAUGGCACUCCUUGCUUAUUUCCUCCUGGUUGUUGCAGUUAUAACUUGUCUUAGUGCGGGAGGGACGGAAGGUCCCAUAUGCCGGUCGAAGGUGUCUCUGAAGAAAGAAGAAAUAUUUUCGGUGGGUGUUUAUCCAGCCACUCGCAACUCUCAACCCUAUGCGUUUUGCUCCCCGCUCAUCUUACGAGCGGGUCGCAAAUUUGCUUCUGGCCCGUAUUCUCUUGCCAAACACGAAGAAGAGGUACGGGAAAGGCAUCAUUGCCAGGGUAAGGAAGGCGAGGAGGGCCGUGGCCCACUGGAAGCCCAGCUUCUCGUACAUUUGAAUCCCAAACAAUGGGAAGGCAGCUGUAUCCGGGUGUCAAAAAGUCAGCACAAAACCCCAUGUCGAGAAACAAAGCACAAGACACAAGGGAUCGCAGCGGAUUGAACCCGGAAGAUCCAGCUAGAAUGAAGAGCGGCAGAUGCAUGUCCUGGGCGCUGCUGGGCCGGUAUCACCAAGACACACACCGACACCCCCAACGCCGCAUAAACGACACAUACACCGGGGUCCAUCUUCACUCGAGACUUACCUGCAAACGAACAUCGCACAAGAGCAUUCGUGGCUAAGGCACUCGCUGCGUAUCGCGGGUAUGCGUCAACCUGUAUACGAAACGCC